UAUUGGAUUUUAUUGGUUGACUUCGGACGUGGUUUUAAGCGCGCUUAAAACGUCGUGCUCGUGGGAUAAUUUUCACCUAAUUGUUGUUAUUGUUGAACUUACAAUUAUUACAAAGUUGUUAAUGAAACGAAAGAGUAAAUAAUACCACGUUCCAGAAACUAAAUUAAAAACAUUGUUAGAAGGCAGGCGCUUGUGUACUUUUGCAUGUCUGGACGUGUCUGUUGCUUUUAUCUUUACAAACACCCACCUCCCACCUGUGCUGCACUGCUCAUAUCAUCACAUAACCGCCGACCGUUAUAAAGAUCACAAACCCCCCUUCACCAAACACCAUAAUCUACCUCACAUUGUAAUCAGCACACCAAAAUGUUCUUAAUACUAUUCACCCUACUUUUUGUGAUGUUGGCCUGUGCCUUCUGGUUCACCAAGACCACCAAAGAAAUGCCAAAGACCUGGUAUGAAUGGAAAACAGAGUUUCGCUAUCAAUAUAUUGGCAUGACCAGUUUGAUGGAUGAUUUCAAAUAUAGAUCGGUUGAUAGAAUUGAAUUGUAUAAACAACCAAAUCGCAUUGCUGUUAUUACCGGAGGCAAUCGUGGUAUUGGCCUGAGAAUUGUGGAGAAGUUGUUGGCCUGUGAUAUGACCGUUGUGGUUGGUGUACGCAAUCCCAAAGCUGCCCAAGAAGCAAUCGAAAAGAUUGUCGAUUUAAAAACAACCGGUGGCAAACUUUUCUGUGAAGAGUUGGAUGUGGGUAGUCUGAAAUCGGUUAGAGCUUUUGCCCAGAAAAUUAAAAGCAAAUAUGAGAAGAUUGAUAUUCUCAUUAAUAAUGCUGGCAUUAUGUUUGCUCCCUACAAAAUCACCGAGGAUGGCUAUGAAUCACAUUUUGUUGUAAACUUUUUGGGUCACUUCUUGUUGCAGCAUUUACUUUUGCCCUUGUUGAAGGCUGCCGGUACGGAAGAGAAACGGGCACGUAUUGUAAAUGUUUCCUCCUGUGCCCAUUUGGUGGGACGCAUUAACUACAAGGAUAUUAAUGGAGAAAAAUAUUAUUCCCCCGGUGAUGCCUACAGCCAAUCGAAAUUAAGUCAAAUCCUUGGCACACGUUACUUGCAAAAGGUCUUAGAUGAUGAGAAUGCCCAUGUCCAGGUGUUGGCCGUACAUCCCGGUGUUGUGGACACUGAUCUCUUUGAACAUUCUGCCACCACUGCUGUACCAUGGUUCAAUAAGUUGCUGUUCAAAACUCCCGAACAAGGUUCCCGUACCCCUGUCUAUGCCGCCAUUUCGCCACGUAUUGAAGGUCAAGGUGGCCUCUAUUUGAGCAAUUGUCGCAAAGGUGCCGUACAUCCUCAUGUCCUGAAGGCUGAUAAAUGUGAAAGAUUCUUUAAAUUCGCUUGUGAUCUGUUGAAAAUUGAGCAAUUUGGAUCGGGCAAAUAAUUCGUCUUCCAAAAUCUGCUGCCUUUCUAAUUUUGUAAAAAGAAUACUGGAUUAACAAUCUCUUGAACUCACAGCUCUUCAUCUGGAUAUUUAAAUGGCGACAACGAAUAACAACUUUUUUAUAUAUCUCACAAAAUGUAUUUAUAUAUAUACCUCUUGAUAUAGUUUUAUUAUUACAUUCCUUUUUUCCCCUCUUCCAUAUAAGCAACAAAAUUGUAUUGAAUAUGACGUCCAAUAUUUAUAUAGCGUA